AUGUCAAGUAAAAUAAAUAAAACUAAAAGAUUGCGCAGAACUAAGGAUAAAGAGAAGAUAGAGAUGGCUCGACAUAGCUUUAUUCAACUAAGAUCCUCCAAUAAGGAGAAGAGCAUUGCGAACAGUAAACAGCGCAUGUUUAUGAACAAAGAAGUAGAACAAUCAACCAACAAAAAGCGGAGACAAUCAAUAUCAACGGAUGAGGAAGAUUUUGACAGUUCAGAAGACGAAGAUCAGGUUACGUUGAACAUAUUCAAUACUCCAAAAGAUGAAUUUGAUCAGAUUCUGGCAAAUUUGGAAACCAAAUCUCAUCUGGAACGAUAUAAUGUCAUCUGCCUCUUUGAUGUCGAAUUUCCUUAUUUUAAAAAACUCUUUACGGUAUUAUCAACUGGACAAAUGCAAAAGUUAAAAAAUGAAUGGAUAGAGGCCGAAAAAUCUGUGAGACAAGAAACAAUUCAGGAAUCUUGGAAUAAAUGUACAUUGAAAAAACAAGUCGAUGACUAUCUUAAAAUUCUUGAAGAAAAGAUGGACAAUACUACAUUCUAUAUUGAUUUUAAUGAACUUUUUACGGCUUUUAUGAAGCAACCAUCUAACGAAUACCAGCACCGAAGUAAUUACGAGUUAUUUUGGUGCCAAGACUUAUAUAAACGGAUGACUCAUCAAUUCCUCCGUAAUCGUAGUGUUUUGAAAGACAAAACUGCGAGUGAAUUCCGUUACAGAGAUGAGUUAGUUAACCAUCUUUUAUCUACAAUCUUUUACGAUGUAGAAGAUGCAAUCUGGAUUGAUACUGGAGAGAUUGAAAAUGGAACGCGAAAACGGCAACGAAACUUCUCAAAGACAGACAAUGAGCGUGAAAAAUUAGGAGACAAACACGACGGUGUUAUAUAUAUGAAUGUACAUGGUUCAAAUGUUGAAGUCGGAUUCUUCGAAGUAGUCGGUAAUGCAUUAAUUAACAAUAACAACUUCAAAAACGAUGAUUUGACGAAAUUAUUGAAAGCAAUGAUGAUUUCACUUCGAUAUCAAUAUGCAUAUAGUAAGAAUGCCUCAAGUUUACAAUCAUUUUCAAUUUUAGUAUAUGGAUGCGAAUAUCAUUUUUUGAGUAUGCAUUUGAUCAAUAACAUGUAUGUUGUUGAUGAAUUUGAUGCAUUUAUUCUACCAAAUUCAAGUGUAUGCUUCUCAGAGAUUGGAAAUGCUGUUGAAGUAAUAAAGAAGUUUAAGUUACGAAUGACAAUGUAUUAUCGUUACCUUAUUAACAGCCCACGUAAGGCAACUUGGUUGACAAGUAUAGAUUUGCAAACUGCAUCACCAUCAAAUCCAAAAAAACAAUCACUAAAUAAAGAGUUUGUUUUUCAAUUAGGCGCUUCUACAUCUUCGUCUAUUCCUACAUCAUCAUCAAAUUCCAUAUUCUCAUCCAUUCCUAUACCUUCAUUGACUUCUGCACCUUCAUCUAUCUCUACAACAUCCACACACACCUCUAUUUCUGCAACUUCCACAUCUUCAUCCAUUUCUGCACUUUAUCCACUCCUAUAUCCAAAAUAA